GAGAAAUUUUAAUGGAGCUGGAAACAAUGAAAGGGGAAGAGGAAGAGGUGGUUAUAGAGGAGGAAGAGGACGUGGGGAUGCACCUUUCAGAGGUGCUCAGAAUAAUGACGCAAACACACCAAGAGAAAUGACAUAUGGUCGCCUGAAAACAUGGGCGGAAAUGGAGGACGCUGGAGAGCUGGUUCUUUUUAUGACAAACCAAAUACAACAGAUUGAAAUGUUUCUGAACCAGCCAAGCACAAAAGCUGAUUGGAUGGUUCUGCUUGUGAAGUCACUGAACCAUGCUUUAAGUGCACAGCAUCAAAAAGAGUCUAUCAAAAACUUGUUGGAUGCUCUUUGUAAAACUCGAUUUUUUGAACAUUUUGGAAGCUGCAUUGAAGAAAAGAUGAUUGGAUUUUCUUGGUCCGACGCAGAAGACUAUUUUAGGUCAUCGGUUAAUAUAAUGAAUGAAAUUUUGAAUAAGUUUCCGCAGUAUGCUUUGAAAUGUGCUUCUGGGGCUUCAAAGCUGGUGAACUCAGUUCCUUCUGUUCAGUCAGUACAGAGAAAUGAAGAACUGUUGUCUUCAAUGACGGACCUGUCAAAGAGAGCUGUGGAAAUCUUUAAACUGGAAAAAGAGAAGGAAAAAAAGCCGACAGAAGGCAAGUUUUCAGGGGGUAACGACAAACCUCCUGAUAAUUUUAUGGAUAUUUCUGUUGUGCCUGGAAAGUCUGACCUCAGUGAAGAUGCUAAGCCGUUUGUUCGCCGCGCCAAAGUGGUAGGACAGUAUGAUGAUGUUGAGCAUUAUCUGGAUGUGCAGUUCAGGCUGAUGAGGCAAGACUUUGUUCUGCCGCUUCGCGAGGGCAUUGUGGAGUUCAAGAAAAAUGGCUGUAAAAAAAAUUACGUCUGCUCAGAUUUGAGAAUAUAUUAUGAUGUUCACAUAGUCGGGACCGUAUGCAAAGAUGGAAUUGAUCACAUCCUGCAGUUUGACAUCUCUAAACUAAAAAAUGUCAAGUGGGAGUUUUCCAAGCGCUUGAUCUUUGGCUCUUUGUUGUGUCUUUCCAAAGACAAUUUUGAAACAGUAAUUUUCGCAACUGUUGCCAACCGAGAUGCUAAAAAUUUGGUCAAAGGAAGUGUUAAUGUGAAAUUUAGGACAGGACUUGAAGAAGUUUUCAGCUCUACUUCCAACGAUGUGUUCGUUAUGGCAGAAACAACGGCAUACUUUGAAUCAUACUGCCAUGUUCUGGAGGGUCUCAAAGAGAUGUCGAAGAAUUUACCACUGCAGGACUACAUUAUAAAAUGCAGGACAGACCUGAAACCUCCCCGGUAUUUGUUACCAUCUGGUGGGAUCUCAUCUCUUCCUAUGUACGACCUGUCUGCUCUAAUGUUAAACCAUCAGUCAAAACCAGUAGCGGCUCUAACAACAGUUAACUGGCCUGAAACCAGUGCUAUGUGUUUGAAUCAAUCCCAAAGAGAGGCUGCUAUUCGAGCUUUGACCAAGGAGUUGGCAGUCAUUCAGGGACCUCCAGGUACGGGGAAAACUUACGUGGGGCUAAAGGUCAUGGAGGUUUUCAUGCAAAAUAUGCAGGUGAUUUCUGGGAAUGAGACGCAGACUUGUCCUAUCCUUGUUGUGUGCUACACAAACCACGCCUUAGACCAGUUCCUUGAGGGAGUUCUAGGGUUUUGCCCAGCUGGGGUUCUUCGCGUUGGUGGGAAGAGCAAAUCAGAAAGGUUAGAACAGUUCAACAUUAAGAAUGUGAAAGAAAGACUCAGAAAAGACAAAAUAUUUUCCAAUAUGUCUGUGAGACACUCCAUACGAGACUGCCUUGGCGAGUUAAGAGAAGUAUCAGAACAAAUAGAACAGUUGAACCAGACAAUGGAUUACCUGGAAAUUGAUGUCAUGCAAGAAAACAUCCUGGAGAAUUUCAUGAAAGAUGCUCACUUUGACUCGCUGACAUCAAAUAAUUCACAGCCUGACCAGAAGAAGAUGAGCAUCAGAAACUGGCUCAAUGCUUCAGACAGCACGCCAGCAUCAGUUGUACCCCAAAUGAUCCGGAAACAUUUGACAAAUCUUGUUCUGAAAUUUCAGAGUGGCUCACCGAUCUGGUCUCUGACGGAUGACAUGGAUAUAGCUCAGCGAGCUUGUUUCUACAACAGUUACCUGACUGUGUACAAGCAAACGCCUGCAGCAGCAAAUGCACUUCAUGUUACGACAACCUAA